GUUUAAUGCUAUGCUAGCCAACAGUUAGCUUCCAACCUUAUAGUACUCGAAGCGACUGACAGUCUCCAAAAUGCUGAGGCUAGAGGAGGGCCACGAAAGGGAUUUAAGAUCCAGCUGUUAGAUGUGUUGACUGGUUCCUCAUCAUACAGGCAACUGUAAGGACAGAAUGCCAGAGAUGACUGAAACUCAGUCACCUGGUCGUAAACCUAAAAAGAAGAAAAACAAAGAAUCUCACAAUGCAGUUGAGAGACACAGAAAAGAGAAGAUUAAUGAGGGGAUUAACCGCAUUGGUAAUCUUCUCCCCUGUUCCCAGGCACUUAAACAGAGUAAGAACAUGAUCUUGGACCAGGCUGUUCGCUACAUCACAGAGCUGAAGAAACAAAAUGACACAUUUCUUCUGGAAGGAGGAGAUAAAGUGCAAGCGGAGGAGAUCCGUCGACUGCGGCGUCAGCUGGAGGAGAUGAGGAGGGAGAGUGAUCACUACAUCGAGCUCCUCAAAUCCAAUGAUAUUAACAUCCUGGAAGACCCCACAAUUCAGUGGAAGGGCAAACAGCGAUCAGCCAAGGUUGCAAAGGUGACCCCCACUCACCAACUCCCAAAGGGGAUCAUCGUAUACCCCAACUUGAAGGAGACUAGCCCAGCGAAACAUCCUACUGAAGCAUUAAUCCUUCAUCCACCUCCUGAGGGCGGUGCCAGGUUGAGGGUGAAUGGAGCCCUGCUACAAGUCAAUACCUCUUCAUCCACCCCUGCACUUCUCCCUGUCUCGACUACCAUCCAGACUACAUCAGGCCUGAGGAUGAUAGAGCAGUGUGUGGUGGAGGCGCAGGCUGCAGCCCCCACUAUGCCACCCUCUGUGUCUUACAUCACCCUCCAGAUCCCUGCAGGGACCACAGCGCUGCCCCAACAGCCGCAGCCUGCCGCCCCGGCCCCCACCUUGGCCUCACAGCUCCCCACCAUUAUCCCUGCUCAACCCAUGCCCAAUAUCACCACCUUUACCCAGGCUGUAAACACAUCCAGAGCCUCAGAGCUUUGCUCGUGGGUCACACAGGACACCGCCAUGAGGCCUGUGAGCUACACCGCCAUCCCCAACAGCCACGCCCUCCUCAGGGCGGGGGCGGCCGGCAGCACCCAGACCACCUGGACGACGCUGCAGAUGGCAGGAAACACAGUGCAGCCAGUCUGCCAGAGUCUCCCCACCCAUGAAGUCAUCAACACCACCCAGGCUGUCCAGCAGGUGACUGUGUGUCCAAUGGGCAACAAAGCUACCGUUCAGCCUAUUCAAAUACAGAUGCAACCACACGUGCCUGUACAGCAAGCCCCCAUCACAGCCCACAUUCAAGCGCAGCCCUUUCAGGGAGCUAUCCUGAACAAGCCCCAUUCUGUCCUGGCCCCCCAUCAACGCUGUGCUAUCCUCUCACAGUCGGCCAUUGCUCCCCACCCUGCCGUCAUGCCGUCGCAGCCCCAGCCUGCUGUCCUCCAACCAGCGUCAUUGGUUCCCCAUCACACGGCAGCCCUCCUCCCUCAGCCCCUCCCCCAGUCUGCCCUGGUGCCCCAGCCACAGGCCACAGUGCUGCCUUUCCUUCAGACCAUGCAGGUGCUGCAGGUCAACCCGACGGGAGGAAUGGCCUCAGGUGUGUCGGCUCCUCAGAACACCAACAACCCGAGCGUGGUCAUCCUGCAGCAGGCCAGCUCCUGCCCUACACAGUCAGUCGUGAGGGAGGAAAUGACCAAUCAGACACCAUGUCAGCACAUUGUCAUCAUCCAGGCACCCAAUCAGGUUGCGCCCGCCACUCAGAAUCCUCAGGUUGGCAUGGUGUCUGCUCCCGCUGCACUACCUGUUGUCUCCACUCACAUCCCCACAAGCAGCAGCUCAGCGUCUGCCACGUCCUUACAGAGUGUUGUGGGGAAGCAGCUGGUCCACAUCCUCCCUCGUCCUCAGACGAACCUCCCGCUUCAGGUCACUCAGGCCUCCUCUUCCUCAUUGGUUCCUUCAGCUCCGCAGACUAUCACUGUCAACGGCCAGGUGUUUGCCCUGCAGCCCAUGAACACCUCAGACAAAUCCAAUACCCAGACCACCACACUGCAGCUGAUCCAGCCCACCACCACAGAGGAACCAACGACUAACGUGGCCCUCAACAGUUUGGGGGCACUCAGCAGUCUCAAUCAGAGCAUCUCUCAGGGCAUUCCACUCACAAUUUCUAACCAUGGUCAGCCCCAAGCUAUUCCAUCAUCAGGAGUCCAGCAGAAGCAGCCUCCUGCUCCAGCGUCAACCACACCUGCUUUACCUGCACGACAGCUCCAGGUCCCUUCUGUAACCCCAGUCAAAUCAGGGCUAAAUGCCUCUAAAGCACCAGGAAAGAGGGUUCGCACAAACACAAAAAGGGCAACGGCUAAAAGGACUAAACCAGCCAAGACAAAAGAGCUUACUGCAGCACCGCCUGCUGCUGCUGUUUCAGCCAAGCCAGUGGUUGCUGCAGGAGAUAGUCAGAAUGUUCAAGUUUCAGCGUCUCAAGGUUUAAAGUCAGCUUCCACUGUGAAAGUCACAGACAUUCCCCCCACCUGCACCACAGCUGUCACAACCACAGACAGUAGAGAAGCUGCAGGGAAAGCAACUAUGACACAAGACACUCAGAUAUUGGUUGUGUGUUCAUCUAGUGAGUCAACUCAAUCCAAUGCACAGAGCAAAGCCCCUGUCAGUUCGCCUCAGACAGACGUAUUCAGUCAUACCAACACUAGUGUUACUACUGUUACCAUUGCUAAUGCUACACUGGUUAAGCCAGCAGUUGCCAUUGAGAGUAAACCAGCUGUUUCUAGCAACGGCUCAUCUGUAACCAAACUCUCAGCUCCAGAGGUCAAACAGCCGACCUCCAGUUCAGCCGCCUGCUCAACACAAAACAAGUCAGCCGCCACCUUUGCUGUUUCCAUACAGAGCAAAUGUGUGGUCAGCUCUGCAGGGGCCACCGAGACACUUUAUACUCCCCCCACUGUUUCUACUGCAUGUCUGACUCCAGUCUGCACCACCACUUCAACUGCACCAGUAUCUUUAUAUCAGGCUGCCCAACCCACUUCAGUAAGUCGUCCCCAGGUGUCGAAUACCCAAGAUCCUUUGCCCUGCUCGAAAGCUCAGUCUCAGCCCAUCUCCUCAGCCUCGCUGUCCUCACCUGGACUGCUAACUUAUUCUGCAGCCCACAGCUCUGUCACAGCUCCUACAACAAGCUCCGAGUUUAGAAAAAGAGUCUCCACCAGUCGAGCUCAGACUGACGUGAAUAUGCACACCCCCUCCCACUGCAAUCCGGCUGAAGUCAAACCCCCCCAGCCUGCUAGAAGAGACCGAGAGGGCUCCCGGUAAGAGAGAACUGAAAAAGAUGGCUUUGUUGCAGCGACUUCUGUCCUCUCCUCUCGUAAGGACUUCCCCUCAUCUCAGCAGGUGUACACUAACCUUGACGAUGAAGCGAUAGAGCACCCCAGCAGACAGACCGACUCCCCCAUGUCUGCAGGGGCCGGGGGAGGCAGAGGAUUCUCUGUGGCAUCCAUGCUCCCCCAGGGUCACACUAUAAGUGGGUCUUCUAGCUCGUUCGGAACAUUUACCUUCACUUCGGAGCAGGCAGAAAUGCUGGCCUUGGCGAUACUCGAGCAGGACAGUCCUGGGCGGCGCACUGUAAGCUGCUUCAGUCAACACGGCGUCAACAAACCCCCCACAGCCACAUGGGAGCCCCCGAAAACCCCAGCAGUGUCUAGCAGUAAAGAAAGGAGCUCAACUGGACAGCAGGGCAAAGCGGCUAAACCCAUGGACUCAGUUAAACCAGCUGUAUCUGUCAGGGGUCAGGCUGGGGAGGGGCCCAAUGUGAGCAGACAUCAGCAAAACAAUCUCAUACGGCCAGUCCUCCCCCACGGUCCAGCCUCAGAGCUCCUCACAGAGCGGCACCAGCCUCAGCGUCAACAACCUGAUCCGGCCCAGCUCAGCUCAGCAGCCGUACCCCGCCUCCCCGAGCUCGCUGGCUCACAGGGCUCGGUCCCGUCCCCUGUAGGAACCCACAUAUCCCAACCCCUGAACAACGCCCUCUCCCCCUGCUCAGGCGCAGCCCAGCUGAACGAGUUCACCCCCUUAAAGACGCCGUUAAUGAGGGCUGGAGGCGGGGUCGGCGAGCGCCAAGCGAAAAUCAUCUCCAAGCGGCAGGCCCAGGAGGAGGCGAUGCUGAACACCGGGAAACGACCCAAGCCUUGCCCUCCGUCUGCUCCCACUGUCAGCCAUAUGGAUGUCAAAGUGCCGGACCACAGCCAGAUGAUGGUGGGACAGAUUCCCCCCACCUCCUCAUCCGUCAUGACAAGGAUUAACCCAGAAAGUGGAGGCCCUCUCUUCUCCACAAACUCCUUCAUGAGCCCCGUACUUCGGCCCUCGGAGGGCCACUGCGCUCCUCAAGAGCAGAACCAGCCGGGGGUGCUCCACCUGCCUCAGGGUCAUCCUCAGCACCCCCAGCCCGGCCAGCACCUGGGAGGAAACCUGUACAUGAAACAACAGCAGCAGCAAGAGCAGCAGAGACACCACCUGUACCAUCUGCAGCACCACCUGACCCAGCCGGACCCCGCACAGCGACACUCCCUCCACCAGAGGGCGCUCCAGCAGCAGCAGCAGCAGCAGGAGCAGCAUGUGCAGAAGAAGCGGGGGCCUGUCAGAGGAAGUCAGACCUCUGCUAACCUGCAGCAGAAGCCCCACCACCUGGAGAAGUCUGGAGUUCAGCAGCACUCACACCAACAACAACAGCACCAACAACACACACAGCAGCAGCACCAACAACAGUCACACCAACAGCAUCAACAGCCGACGCAACACCAACAGUCUCAGCACCAACAGCACCAACAGCAGACACACCAACAGCAGACGCAGCAGCAGCACCAACAUCAGCAGCAGCAGCAGCAGCAGCAGCAGCAGCAGAUCCAGCAGCAGCAGAGCUCUCACUCCAGACACCAGCAGCACCUCCAGCAGCAGAUCCAGCAGCAGCAGCAGCAGCAGCAGCACUUCAGACACCAGGAGAAGAGCUGUGAGGCUGCAGGGUCCAGGGGCCACCACAGCGGACACCUGGCCCCGCAGGAGCACCUCAAGCCUGGUCAGGACCAUAAUGCAAUGCAGAGGAUGAUGAGCACAAGGACUCUGGAGCAGCAGCUCAUCCCGUCUCCCAGUAACUCUGUGUCCCGCCCCUCCUCCGACCCGUCCUGCGCUCCGUCCCGGCAGGAGCGCCACCGCGUCUCCAGCUACUCUGCGGAGGCUCUCAUCGGUAAAACCUCCAGCAGUGGGGAGCAGCAGCAGCAGCAGCGCAUGGGGCUCCAGCAGCCGGACCUGCGCGGCUACCUGGACUCGUCACGGGGGAAGACCAACAUCUCUCACAACCCACAGAACCGCCUCACUGCCGAGCAUCCGGGAUCAGCCGAUGUUCAGAGGGUCUCUGAGUGUCCGCCUUUCAAAGCUAUGGGAGGAGGGGGACAUCAGCUGGGUGGCUUUGAGGUCCAGGUGUCCCGUGGGAGUGACAUGGUGCCUAAGUCAGGUCCCUCGUCCCAGAGGGGCCCUCAGGGGCAGCAGCAGGGCGGCUUCAGGAUGGGCAUCGGCCCUCAAUCAGAUGGCAGGAACCGCUACAGUGCCGCUCAUCCCGGCUCACAGGGCGUGCAGGUCGGACAGGAAGUGUGUCACCAGAGCUUCAUGCAGAGCCUCCUGUCCCCCCACCUGCCCGAGCAGAGCAACCACCAGCGAGUGCAGUGCUGCCCCCCCGUCAGCAUGGAGUACAGCUGCGUCAGCUCGGCAGGAGACAUCCAGGCCAAGAGCCCCAGCGUCCCCCAGACUCAGAAGGCCAUGCGGCUCGGAGAGGGCAACAAGGGCCACAUAUCUCAGGUCAGCAGUAAUAUGCAUGGAGGUGUGCGCCCAGGCCUCCCCCACCCUCCCCCCCCUCACAGCAGCUCUGAGCCAGGCCGCUCCUCUGUACCCUCCAGACCCCCCUCUGCUGUCAGCCAGCACUCCCGCCACUUAAACAGAGACUCUCAACCUACAAAGCUAAGACCUGGGGACCGGCCCCGAUCGGGAGCUCUGAGGCACAGCAACCCCUUUGAGCCCGAGGGCCACCUGCCCCUCCCCUCGGGCGGGGGGGUGCUGCUGGGCAGGCCGCAGUCUGGAGGGGAGGGGAGGCGCAGCACUAUCGUCCGCUUUAUGGCAGAUGGCGCUCAGGUUCCCGGCGACAACAACUUGGUUCCUGACCAACACCUCUCACAGAACUUUGGUUUCCCCUUUAUUCCAGAAGGAGGCAUGAAUCCCCCGCCUUCCAUUAACGCCAACUCCACCUUCAUCCCUCCCGUCAGCCAGCCCAACUCCUCCCGCACUCCCUCCCUCCUCCCCGUGGAGCCUCAGAACACCUUACCCUCCUUCUACCCUUCUUACUCUCCAGCCGCUCACCCCAGCCUCCCCAGUGACGUCACCCUUCAGUACUUCCCCAACCAGAUGUUUGCCAGCCCGGGUGCAGAUAAGGGCAGCUCCGCUCCGCUCAACAACCGCUUCGGCUCCAUCCUCUCGCCGCCUCGCCCCGUUGGUUUCGGGCAGGCCAGCUUCCCCUUGCUUCCUGAUAUGCCUCCUAUGCCCAUCGCCAACUCCUCUGGGAUCACCCCGCACAUUUCCAACUUCAGCCUCACCUCGCUGUUCCCUGAAAUCGCCACCGGGAUGCCCACUGACGGCUCGGCCAUGCCCAUGUCCCCCCUGCUGUCUCUCUCCAACACCUCGGCUUCAGACUCCGGGAAGCAGCCGAACCGCCCGGCGCACAACAUCAGCCACAUCCUGGGCCACGACGGCAGCUCGGCCGUGUGAGGAGACUCUGCUGCUUUCUGUCCACAUGUUCUGAAAGAUAUGUUCCUUUUUAAACGUUCUCAAAGCGGUGCUGAAGACACCAUGUCCGUCUGAUUGUUUACAUGUUCACAAUCUCAAUUUUUGGCAUAUGUAUGAUGUCGAAGUUAUAAGUUGUAAUAUUUCAAAAACUUUGUUGGUUAAACUGACUGUUUGGUAUUAAAACAUUACAUUUAAUGAAUUGAAUGUUUCUGGGUCGGUAAGAAACCUGCAGUUACCCACCGAUGUAAUUUACUAACUUAUAUCAGGUUGUAUUGUACAGAAUGUCAAGAGCUAUUUUGUAAAUAACAAUGUUUCAUAUCAGAAUUGCUAGAUUAUGUAUGUAUUUGUAAAUACAAGAUUGAUUAAUAAAGUUUAUAAGAAUACAUUUGUAUUUGAU